AUGCCUCUUUUUCUCACUCCAUGGAAACAGGCAUCCGAGCGUGUGAUGGAGAACUUCAAUCCCAAUGCAUACCAUAACCCGCUUGGCUAUUUCCUCCCCGAUCCUCAGAUGAUUGCUGUCUGUGGUCUGGAGAGCGGCAAUUACAGCACACAGACAGCCUAUAUCAUAAUGUGGCUCAAACUUCACCACAUUCUUUGCUACUGUCUUCGAACAUCCUCCAUAACUCCACUUGGACCCUCAUGUUGGCGAACAGUUUUAGGAAUCGAGAAGAUGGCCUUCAAGGAGAAAAAGGUGGCAAAACAAAAGGCAGAAGUAGAGGAAAUGUUGGUGGAAAUUUUGAAGAAUUCUGGGAAUAUGAUGUCGGUAGAUUUGACUCGUCUAGACACAGCAAAAGUUGAAUGGAACGGUGCGCCUAUCGAAGUUGCAACAUCUAGCCCAGCCAAGUUGAAGGAAAUUCUGUGGGAGUUGUUUGAGGUUGGGUUCCAAUACGAGCUUCUCAUGAUGGAUUGCCUACUCUAUGGUGUGGUAGAGCCCCCUGGUUCUUUCGUAGAUUCCUUACGCCGAUGA